AAGCGGACACCAGGAUGUAGAGACUUCCUACAGGAUUAACUCCCUAAGCACUCCAGUGCUGCUUAGCAAUGGCCAAGGAGUCACAGCGCUGGGUCAUCAACAGUUUCUGCCUCUCAGGUGCUGACUCACAAUGGCCUCGGUGGAGGAAGACCUCUCUUGUUCUGUAUGCCGGGACAUCUUCAACCAAUCUCAGCCUUUGCCAUGUGGACACAGCUUUUGCUCGUCAUGUAUCCGUGAGGCAUGGAUUGACUGCAAACGCCUCGCCUGCCCACAGUGCCAGGAUGAGCCAUGUGAGGUGCUAUGUGACUGCUGCCCUCUUGAGGCAGCAAAGGCAUUGGCUGUGAAGACCUGCUUGAGAUGUGAAGUGUCACUGUGUGCCCAGCAUUUACAGCCUCAUUUGGAGCGACCAGUGUUUAGCAGCCACCUUUUAGUGGAUCCACUGAGUGACCUCUCCCUACGAAGAUGUCCUGCUCAUUCAGAGAUAUACCGUUAUUACUGCACUGAUGAGCGUGUGUAUGUGUGCGGGGAUUGUCUGCUGGAUGGGAGCCACGCACAGCACCAAGUUAAGGCCUUGAAGCAGGUGGAGGACGAUCUGAAGGCCAUUCUCAAUGUGCUGCUUCAAAAGGUGGAAGACAAAAUACAAAAUGGAGAAAAAAUUCUCAAAGAACAUGAAAACAGUGAUUGCACUAUAAUUGAGUCGUUGAAGGAGGAUGAUGCCCAAGUGGAGCGCAUGGGCACAGACCUGGAGGCCCAAGUGAAAUCCCUGGUCAUGUCUCUAAGAGAGCUGACCGAGAGACAGAGGCAGCAGAUCAUCAAACGCGUCCACCAAGACUGCACCAAACUGAGACGGGACAUGAGCCAGACACAGAGCAUCCAGGAGUACCUGUCCGCUCUGCAGGCAGAAACAGACCCCUACCUGCUCAUUUGGGCUUUUCAGUCAGAUGACACAAAACUUUUAUCUGACUUGAACAGCCCUCCAUUCAAUCCUGACCCCAUCAGUUUGGACAGGAAGCCCGUCUUAGAGGAAAUAGAGAGAAGGUACAGAGAGUUCAUCACAUCCACUCUGCGCAGCCUCAGUGAACUCAAGAGGGAGCUGUUGACCAGUCCGUUAACCCUGGACUUGAACACAGCUCAUCCUCUUCUGAAAGUUGCAGAGGACCUCCACUCUGUCACUCGAAUUAACACUCGCCUGUCCCACCUGCCUCACCCUGAACGCUUUGACCACUGGCCCCAGGUCCUCACUGUUCAAUCCGUCUCCACUGGGACACACUAUUGGGAACUGGAGGCUGAGGGCUUCUGGGACAUUGGAAUAUGCUACAAAAGUAUCGGCAGAAAGGGGAAACAGGGCAAUGCCUUUGGGAACAACAAGGUUUCUUGGAGCUUAAAUCAGCAGCACGACAGGAAACUGGCUGCUUGGCACAACCGUAAAAAGACCCGCCUCAUGCACCAAAUGACUGGGAGUCGAGUGGCAGUAGCGCUGGACUACUGUGCAGGCACCAUCACCUUCUCUGAGGUGGGACCCUUUGGAAACCUCACACACAUUCACACUUUCUCAGCAUCUCUCACCGAGCCUGUGUGUCUGGGCUUCGGACUCUACAAAGCUGAGCUCAACAGUCGGAUAUCCAUUGUCAAAAUUUAAGUUUUCCAAAAAAUGUUUUGGA